AUGGCUUGUGUUUCAUCAACUUCCUUUUCCAUGUCGAUAAACGGGAGUUUGUAUGGGUUUUUUAAAGGGAAACGGGGAUUGAGACAGGGAGACCCAAUGUCCCCGUAUUUAUUUACGUUGGCGAUGGAAGUUCUCACGUUGAUCCUUCAUAAACAGGUUUCUUUAUCGUUGGAAUAUAGGUUUCACAAUAAAUGUGAAAAACAAAGAAUCAUUAAUCUCUUCUUUGCCUAUAAUUUGUUCCUUUUUGCUAGAGGUGAUCAUAGAUCUUCUAGAGUUGUCAUGGAAGCUUUAAAUAUUUUUAAGAAUAUGUCAGGUCUUGUUCCGAGCAUGACAAAAAGUACAGCUAUUUUUGGUAAUGUGGCGGAUGCUGUGAAGCGUCGUAUCCUUAGCAUCAUGCAGUUUGAGGAGGGGAAAUUACCUGUUUGGUAUCUUGGGGUUCCCUUAAUAUCCACUCGGUUACAUUAUAAAGAUUGCAAAAGGCUUAUCGAUAACAUGGAUGCUAGAAUAACGGAUUGGAAGAAUAAAUGUUUAUCUUUUGCGGGUAGAGUUCAGCUGAUUCGGUCGGUGCUCUCGUCUUUGCAUGUGUACUGGGCUUCGGUGUUUAUCCUUCCCAAACGGAUCACGCUUGAGCUGGAAGAUAGAAUGAGGAGGAAUAGAAGCUUUUGGGAUGUCCCGGUUAAGAAUAAUAUUACAUGGAGCUGGAGGAAAAUGCUCGGGAUGAGGCCUAUGAUACGGGAUCAUGUCUGGAUUAAUGUAGGGAAUGGAGCCAAUACGCGGGUAUGGUUUGAUAAGUGGGAUGAUGUGUGUCCAAUUAGCUCUAUUGUUACGCCGAGAUUAAUAGCGAAUGCAGGGUUCAAUAUGAAUACAAAGUUGGUGGAUGUGUAUGUAAAUGGCGAAUGGGAUAUAAGUCUUAAUCAAUCUCGACAAGAUAAGGUGGUGUGGACAUCUAGAAGGGGGCACCAUUCUGAGUUUAGCGCAGCUACGGCGUGGGAUGAUCUUCGGGUUGGUCAGGAUGAAGUCAACUGGGCGAAGGUGGUGUGGUUUCCUCAGGCGAUUCCUCGGCACUCGUUUAUUAUGUGGCUUAUUGUUCAGAAAAAGCUGAAGACACAAGAUGUGAUCAGAGGAUGGAACUCUUCGGAUAAUGCAAAUUUUAAUCUUAUGUGUUGCUCGUUGUGCACGUCAAAGCCUGAUUCUCAUGAGCAUCUGUUUUUCGAGUGUGGGUAUGCUAGUUCAAUUUGGAACGGAGUUAAAGAGAAAGCUGGUAUGAGUUCUAUCCAAAAUAAAUGGGAUUCGAUUCUUGAUUUUUUGGUGGGGAACGCGACGUCUACUAAGGCUACCCAUAUUAUAGCUAAGUUGGUUGUUAGUGCGACGGCUUACUUCGUUUGGGAGGAGAGGAAUAGAAGACUAUUUUCUACUAAGAGGAGUGCGGAUCAACUUGUGGAGGUGAUUUUAUCUACAGUGCGAUUAAAGCUCCAUACUAUGAAGUUCAAGACUACUAUUCACACGGUUCGGGUUUUGCAGGAGUGGGCGCUGUCGCGUGGGCUUCUGAUAACGGAUGACGAUUGUGGCUGA